CCCACUAACAAAACCGCGUCAUCAUCUUCCACUUUCCAUCCAACCGCAUCGAUUUCUGAGAAAACUCUCUUAGCGACCAACCCAGAAAAACCAAGAAAUUCAAAUUCCCAGUGGAAGAACAACGCAUCAGUUUCUCUCGCCCGUUGGCUCCAAUCACAGAAUCUGAGAUGAUAAAGCAGCUUUCUGGUUUAUGAUCGAGAACUGAAAGAGUCUGAGAAAGAUCGAUCGUAUUUAUGUACCGAAAUUUAAUGGAUUCCCAGAGAAAGGUUUGAAAUUCUUACUUUUCAUGGAAUUCAAUUUCCGUUCGGUGAUCUCUGAUUGUUAUCGAAUAAUAUGAAUGCUUUUAUGGUUAGGGUUUUCCCAAUUGCACUGUGAUUGGAUUUGUGUUGCUAGGGUUAGGGUUUUCGAGGUCUUACUAUCAUAUUUAUUCAAUUAUAUGAAAUAGAAAUUUGGGGGUUUUGAGCUGUGAAUCUCAAAAUGCAUUCUCGAAAGCAUGAGAAUUUCAAUAAGCAAUCCCCAGCUUCUAGAUUACAUGCGGUGGGUCCCGACCCGUAUAGUAAUAGUGGUAGGAGGAGUAAUAUGCAACUCGAGGCUGCUGAUCAGUCUAGUGAGAGGAGUUUAAGCCCUCGCGGAUUGCCAGGGGAUGUGGGUUUGAGUCAAAGGACUGAUUCUAUUGGAAGGAGUGACCAUGGUUGGCAUUUGGGUGGUAGAAGGACUGAUCGGGUGAGGCGGAGAUCAAGGUCAACGUCACCGCCACUGCCUUUUGGCGGCAUUCAGAAAAGGUCACAUUUUGAUGAAGGAGUUGGGGUUAUGCAUAGGAAUUAUUCGCCAACUCCACUUGCACCUGUUCCUUUGGAGUUACAACACAGACCUGAACUUGUAGAGCCUGCAAAAUAUAGUGUGAAUGAUGAUUCAAAUAGUAGACGAGUUUACGGGUCUGAGAACAAUGAUUCUAAAAUCAUCAAUGAGGAAAUGAAUGGAAGCAGAUUGUCAGUUGGCGGUACACAUGGGACAUUGAGUCAGAAAUCAAUGCAUGUGGAAGAUGGUGCGGUAAGAGGAUUAAAAUCCACACUAAUUCAAGAUAAUACUGCACUAGGAAUAUAUUGGCCACCUCCAGACCUGCAUCCUGUGAUAGCUCCUGCAAAAGAUAGUGAACACCUACCAUCAUCAUCACGGAGUAUGAACUUACCCCGUUUUGAGCAUGGAAGGCCUCGGUAUACGGAUCCUGUUGCUUUGGAUAGAUUACCAGUGACAGAAUCCUACAAAGGAGAGAAACCCAUUCUUACUUCAAGGGAUGGUUUGUACCCCAUGGUGUCAAGUGCUCAUUAUACGGACUUUCGUCCUAGCUCCUCCACAGACGUAAGGAGUGAAUUUCAGGAUUCUUAUAUGGGUGGCCCACACUUACCUUCAAUGGAUGAAUUUUCAAGUAGUAGACGGUUCAUUAAUGCAUAUAGACAAAGGCCACUAGCAGAUUAUCCUAGAGAUCCUGGUUCUGGCAAGAGGAACCUGUCAACUUACCAGAGUUAUAGUCCUAACAGAGGUGAGCAUGCAGAUUAUUUUUACCCCAAAUCAAGGGGAAUGCCAGUUGAUGAUCGCAGAUAUCCAUCUGAUGACUUAAAUAAAAUCAUGCCUCCACGAACACAACUUGACUAUGAUAGUACUCAAAUGGUUUAUAACCAUCAAAAUUUGUCAAGACCUAGUAUUAUGAACCCUGUUAUGGAUAGAAUGGAUGAUACUGAGGAAUUUUCUGGAAAUUCAAGAAAGGGCAUUAUGCUGAAUAAUCCUACUUUGCAAAGGCAAUCUUUAUUAGACUACCCUGAUUCAAGAAGAAUAUCAGAGACAUCAAAGCAUGGUGUGGAAUAUUCAGGUUCAGGACGCACACAUGUCAGUUUAGGAAGGAGAAUGUCACAAGAUUAUGAACUAUCCCAUUUCAGGGCAUCACAAGAUUUUCAGGUCGCACAUCAGAAAGAAGAUUAUGGUUUUGAAAGAGAUGUUAAUAUGAAGUAUCAGGACAGGCCGUCUUCUGUGUCAAAAUAUGACUCAGAGAUGAGUGGGCAUCCUGCUGGAAUGCAGAUUAUGAGAGAGGAGCUUGGAAUAUAUGAACCAUCAGAUAGGAUGCUUAAAAGAAACUAUGCUACUGAAGAAGGUAUGAGUACACAUAAUCCUAGAACUAUUGGGUCUAGUAAGUGGACAUCUAGAGAAUUCCAAGUUUCAUAUGAAAGCGGUGAAGAGUGGAAUGAUGGAGAUUUAGGCAGUUAUUCAUCUGCAUCAGCUGGAUUUGACCAUGAUAGAUACAGUAAGGCUGAGAGGGUAUAUGUUGGGCACCGUCAUGGUGAAUAUGAAUAUGAUGAUUGGUUGCCAUCUCAACACUCUUUUGAACAUGCACAAAUGCAUUCAGUCAGAUUCUAUAAACACGGUGAUCGAUAUAUAAAGGGUCAUCGAAAUUCUGGUCCAUUAAGUAGGCAUAAGGCGCAUCACGCUGAUAUAAAAAGCAGUGUUCACAAACAGCACCGAGUUUGGAAAAGACAUUAUAAUUAUUUAGAAGAUGUCCACGCAAGUGAUGGUACUGAUGUUGAUCAAUCAGAAAAUGGGCUGAGCUCUGCACGUCCUGAGCCGUCCGAGGACUCUGAGGAGUUUAUGCAAAUGGUAAAUGAAGCCUUUUUAACAUUUUCUAAAAAGCUAAAUAUGAACUCGGCUGUUCGGAGAAGAUACAAGGAACAAGGGAAGGCUGGUACUUUGUUCUGCAUCGUAUGUGGCCGAAGUUUGUCGAAGGAGUUCAUGGACACUCAACGCUUGGUAAGACACGCAUAUAUGUCUCACAGAGUUGGGCUGAGGGCACAGCACUUGGGUCUUCUAAAAGCAGUUUGUGUUCUGUUGGGGUGGAGUACUGUUGUCCCCCCUGACACAGUCACAUGGGCUCCCCAGGUCUUGCCCAAGGCUGAAGCUUUGGCUCAGAAGGAAGAUUUGAUUCUCUGGCCUCCUGUGAUUGUUGUUCACAAUAUUUCUAUGUCAGACAACAAUCCUCAAAGUUGGAAGGUUGUUUCCAUGGAGGCGCUCGAGGCUUUUCUAAGAAGUAAUGGUUUAAUCAAGGGAAGAAUCAAGAUUUGCCUAGGGAAGCCUGCUGACCAAAGUGUUUUGGUGGUGAAGUUCUUGGGAACUUUUACUGGGCUUGGGGACGCAGAGAGGAUUCAGAAGCAUUUUGCAGAGCAUCAGCGUGGCAGAGUGGAUUUUGAGCGAGCGACGUCCUCAAAUGGAAAAAUUGUGGAAGCAGCAAUGCAGGGAGACAACGCAGAGGAGCGAUUUCUAUAUGGGUACAUGGGCAUUGUAGAGGACUUGGAUAAGGUGGAUUUCCAUACCAGGAGCUGGACUGUGAUAAAGAGCAAGAAGGAGAUUCAGGACCUGGCCAAUGCUCCCGUCAAACCUGAUGAGAGGUAACUCAUAGUUGUGCACAAAUACUAAUUUAAGGAUUACGCUUUGGUUUCCCUCUCGUAGAACAUACCCGGAAGUGAGCCGAAAAGAAAAUAUCAUGUAAAAAACUCGAAGUCACCGCUAGCUUUUGUUAUUUGUGCAAUACUCUGAACUCAUGGAAUCCGGAAUGUUUUGCUUGUAAUUUAUAGUGGCUUCCAUUACAUAAACUAAUGUACCGUUUAUGCUUCAAUCUGUAGCCAUGUUUAUAAGGCCGAGUGGCGUAAAUUCCACUUGAGGCCAAAUUUCCUGUGU